CAAGAAGWCUACUGAAGGAAAUCCUCUGCAAUUCUGUCAAAAAAUCUCAAAAUGGCCAGGAAGAAGAUCAAGGAAUUAGCAAUGGGAUAAAAGGGUGAGAUGACAGCCAGAAAUGUUSUACGUCCGACGACUGUACACAAUACUCGUACUACUUGGGGUAUUGUCAAUAUUUGUAAAUUCUAAAUCAACGAGCGGCCAUUCACAUAAAGGCCUGAAAUCAAAAUAUCGACAAAGUAAUACAACGGAUGUGGCGAAACCCCAUCGGAAAACCACAAAGAACUUGAAUAAUGUUAGAAAAUCACGGUCACCGCAGUUUAAUUCUGCAAUCGCUGGACUCAAUCAACCGCGRAUAGGCCUUGAUCAAAUAGGAUUGCCGUACAAUCCAAGACUUAGUUCUUUAGCUCUACAAGGUGCACCCUCUUUAGCAGCUUUAGGACAGAACAGGAAUCUUCUACUACCAAAUAAUGCAUUGGUCGCGAAUAAUGCAGCGUAUAGGCUGCCGUACAAUUAUAACCGUUUAGCAAGACUUUUAUCUACUAUCAAUUUACUAAGAGAACGAUCAGCUAUCGCUUCAGCUGUGAAUCCAGAGCUUCUUGGACUAUAUAAGCCAAAUACACGUCGAAAAUAUGAUUCMAUUCCUAUUAAACCCAAUGAAAUAAGCGAYGAUUUSAGUGCCAAUCCACUGUCGCUGUUACUUGGUAGAAGUUCUCUCGGUACUCCACAGACGACAGAAAGUCAGGAUGACGAUGAUGAUUCAAGUGAUACUGAUGGAUUUUGCUCACCAAAUCCAUGCCACAACGACGGUAAAUGCAAGAACGACUUGUAUGGGUUUAAAUGCAUUUGCGCGAAUGGCUUUACGGGCAAGCAUUGCACAGGGAAAAAUCCGUGCCAACCAAAUCCAUGCCAAUACGACGGCGAAUGCACAGUUUCUGGUAUUUCAAGUUUUGAUUGUUCGUGYCCCAUUGGAAGAAAAGGCGAAAGRUGUGAAGAUGAAGAUCGAUGUCACCCCAACCCUUGCAUGAAUGGGGGAUCWUGUACAGAACUUAACGACGGCCAUGAAUGCACUUGCGUCCAUGGCUACCGAGGCAACAACUGCGAAAUCCACAAUGGCGGCUGCUCGACAAAUCCGUGUCAAAAUGGAGGACAUUGCAUAGAAACGCCUGCUGGCUUCAAUUGUAUCUGUAAACCCGGAUAUACUGGAGUCUUUUGUUCAGCAUCAGAAAAUAAAUGUCUUGCUAACCCAUGUCAAAAUGGUGGACGAUGCAUGCAAAGAUCUAAUGGAGCAGGUUUUGAGUGCGAUUGUCGUGUAGGAUUUAAAGGAACACUUUGCGAUGAAAUAAGUCCUUGUCAGCCUGGGACUUGUCAAAAUGGGGGAUCGUGCUUCGCUUCUGAAAAUAGCUUCAAGUGCGUUUGUCCUCACGGUUUUGGUGGAAGGAAUUGUGAAGUCCACAGAAGCUGCCAACUUGACACAUGCAAGAAUGGUGCACGAUGCAUUGAGCAUGAGAACGGAUUCAAAUGUGUUUGUCCWUCUGGUUAUAAAGGAYUAUAUUGUGAAGAAACUGACCAGUGCUAUCCUAAUCCAUGUCUUAAUGGCGGUCAAUGUGUUGAUGAAGAGGGUGGCUACCAAUGUCGAUGUCAAGGGCAGUUCAAAGGAACACAUUGUGAAGAUGUCGACGUUUGUGCUGCMAAUCCGUGUAUGAAYGGUGGACAGUGCCUAAAUUACAAUGGUGUUGUCAAGUGUAUAUGUCGACCAGGAUAUGGAGGAGAGCGCUGCAGAGAGAAAAGUUCAUGUGCACCAAACCCUUGCCAUAAUGGCGGGCAGUGCAUACAAGAAGGCAACAACUAYCGAUGUUCUUGUGACAAGGGWUAUGUUGGAGUACGGUGUGAAGUGAUUGACAGCUGUCUAUCAAAUCCCUGUCAACACGGAGGUACCUGUAGGAACGUGCUAAGUGGAGGGUUUGUGUGCGCUAUAGGGAUCCAUGUCACCCAAAUCCUUGCGUUAACGGAAAAUGCGUGGCUACAUCGGACGGRUUCGUCUGUCGCUGUUCAUUGGGUUUUAAAGGAGAGAAAUGUGCAGAGGAGGACGAAUGUCAACCAAACCCUUGUCAUAAUGGCGGACGGUGCGUCAAUCGCUAUAUUGGAGGAAAGGGAUUUGAUUGUCUGUGUACUGACGGCUUCAAAGGGACAACAUGUAAAGAGAGAGACGCUUGUCAUCCUAACCCCUGCUCUAAUCAUGGCGUAUGCAGCGAGGUAGGAGGAGGCAUUGUUUGUAACUGCUCGCAAGGAUACAAAGGCUUAACUUGCGAAGAGCUGGACAAGUGUCACCCCAAUCCCUGUCGCCAUGGUGGCAUGUGUGAAGAGGUGGUUGGUGGUCGUGGAUAUGUAUGUAAAUGUUCACAGAGUUACAAGGGGUUCAACUGUGAAGUCAAAGACCGUUGUCAUCCCAACCCUUGUCUACAUGAUGGGUACUGUUUGGAGAUUAAUAAUGAUGUUGGGUUUAUGUGCAACUGUUCUUUUGGUUAUCGAGGGUCCCACUGUCAAGACCUAGAUCCAUGCCAUCCCAAUCCUUGUGGUCAUUCUGGUAGCUGCUUACAUACUUCUGAUGGUGGAUUUGUUUGCAAUUGUACCAUUGGAUUCAAAGGCGAACACUGUCAAGAAAAAGACCUUUGUAAGCCAAAUCCGUGUCAAUUUGCCGACAAAUGCCAGCAAACRGGAACGGAGACAUAUCAAUGCGUGAAAAACGUUUGUGAUCCCAACCCAUGUCAACAUGGUGGCAAAUGCAUCGAGGUCAACGACGAACACUUCCARUGUGCAUGUCCAAAGAAUUUUGGUGGCAGAACUUGCAAUAUUCUAUCGGAAAGCGGAGCCGACCGCCAACAUGUACCUGCAAGAUCAGAUCCGUGUCAGUCAACUCCCUGCCAAAACGAUGGAGUUUGCGAAGUUCGCGAUAGCAAAUUUUCCUGCAAUUGCAUCAACGGCUUCACGGGAAGACAAUGUCAAAUAAAACCCUUGCCAAGACCUACGGCCGCCAAACCAACCGAUUUGUGUUCUCCAUCACCGUGUAAAAAUAAUGGAAUAUGUGUACAAGAAGAAGARGGCUACAGCUGCUCUUGCAAGUCUGGUUUUACAGGAUUUCAUUGCCAAGUCGACCCAUGUAAAUUCAAUCCUUGCAAUAAUAAUGGCAAGUGCAUCAGAGAUGGUAAAGCCACCGACGGAUUCAAGUGUCGCUGUUUGCAUGGAUUUGUUGGGAAGCGCUGUGAAGAGAAUUACUGCCUCCCAAACCCGUGUCACAACAACGGUYUAUGCGUAUCGAUAGCAAACAAAGGCUACCAAUGCAAGUGCCGCGAAGGCUUUACUGGGGGCCGCUGCGAACGUAACCCAUGCUCUCCUAACCCGUGUAAAAAUGGCGGUUCUUGCUUGGUCUUUUAUACGGUAUAUUUAUGCAAAUGUCCAGCUGAUUACAGAGGAACACAAUGCGAAGUCACACUUGCCAAUAAACAUAACGCAGAUCAAGUUCCUGGAGUAAGAAAAGCAGUAACUAGUCGACCAGCAAUUAAUGGAUCRUCAACUCCUAAAAAAGCAUCAAAGUGCAGCUCUAACCCUUGUAAGAACAAUGCUCUUUGUCUUGACACCAUUGGCGGAGACUUUGAGUGUGUCUGCCGAGGCGACUUCUCUGGUCCAAAGUGUGAAGAUAUUGGUGUUUACAAAUAYUCCUCUGCACCGAAAUUUUUUCCUGGCCCAGGAGAGGAAUGCAAGCAUUGCGAUCGUAACGCACACUGUGUUGGUGGUCACUGYAUAUGUAAGGAUGGAUUUGUUGGCGAUGGCUUGGAUUGUUGGAAACAAACAGAAGACGACCUAGCAUGGAAAUGCGAAAUCAAUCCAUGCUCAAAUGGUGGAACAUGUAAACCAGGCAUCGCACAAUGUGUUUGUAGACUUGGUUAUAGUGGAAAGUACUGYGAAGAAACAGUGUUUCCAAUCAUCCAUCUCAGCUUUGAUAGAGUAUCAGGUGGAACGUUGGUGGAUGAUUCAGGGAAUCACAACAAUGCUUAUCUUGCAAACGGGGCCCAGAUCGUCCCUCACAGUGGAAAAUGCAACAACGCUGCGAAUCUACUAGGUGGAGAUAUUUUUCUCGAUGGGCCAAAUUUCCAGCCAAUCCCAAGAACUGGAAUUACAAUAGCAACAUGGGUAAAACUUGACACUCCCUUCGGGGUCCAGUCAAUCUUUGAUACCGUAGGUAGCCCUCAGUCUGAGAACAGAGAAGGCCAAUAUCAUUUGGAAAUCAACGACGGCCGGAUAAGAUGGUUUCAUCGUGAUKCUAACAACAGAGUCAUAUUCAAAGCAUUUAGCAAAAGUGAAGUUGUUCAAGAGGGAAAGUGGAUUCAUAUAGCGGCAACGUACAGCUCAUUCAAGAAUCGGGCAAGGAUCUUUAUAAAUGGUGAUAUGGUAGCAGAGGCUUAUGGACAAGGUCUUCUGUCAGAAGAUUGGCAAGGAAAAGUCGGCAUAGGUAAGCACCAGCAUGAGUUUGGAAGCCGUUUACUUCGUGGUAUGGUUGAYGAGUUCUUCAUUUUCCCUGGUGAACUUCCACGACUUGAAAUUCUUGUUCUCAUGAGACAUUGCAAAGUCUAUUUUAAAAAUGAAAAGCCAAAAAGCAAGAGACCCCAACCAGCCCAAUCUUCGAAUGGAAAAACCGACAACAGAGGUGCAAGACCAAGACCUAAUGAUAUUACAAACACAUUUACUUUGGGUCCUCCAAGAAUUACUCCACCAGAACGCCUUCCACAACCAAAAAGACUUCCACCACCGCUUCCACUUCCGCCGCCCCGACCGCCACCACAGACUGCAUUCAGAGAUCCGGAGUAUGAGUCAAAUCAAAAUGAAAUGGCUAAACUUGAAAGAAUCCUUGAAAGCUUUGAGGUUAAGAACCCUGGGGAGUCAAAUAGCAAUGAAGAAGGCUUAGGAAUUUCCAGAAACAAGCCCAUGACCAUGGCUUAUUAUCCAGAAAGAACAGGAAGCAGACCUUUGGCUUCCGCCCAGCCACAUGAUGAUUUAGGAGGUUUGCGUUUUAUGCCGGAACCGAUGGUAACUAGUGUUGUACCACAACAAGGUGRUAGAAGACGGCCUUCUCAGGAUAUCCAUGCAUUAGGGCAAACUAGGACCGCCCCAAGGAAAUAUUAUACAGGGAAUCCAGCRCKCAAACCUGCCAGGUACCAGAACCCACCAGCACAAUACAAUCCAUUUCUAUCAUAUCGAAAAGCAUCAAGAUAUCAACCACAAACGGCAUACCGAUCUCGUCCUCCUUACAGACCGUUUUCUACUUAUCGUACGCCCCCUCCAUACCGAGGAGCAGCUUCAAACCAGCCACCACCACACAGGAUACCUUYCCAAACAUCUAAAGGAYAUCUUGGUGUCAAUGCUCCUARUAAAAUUACUUUCGACAAUUAUCAAACUUUCUCCCAGGAGACAUYUGGAAAUAAUGCCAAGCCUCCUCAGCAAAAAUGGCAGACACCAAAAGCUCAAAYGCAAUGGUCUGCUCAGGCUCAAACAUACAGGAAUCCCAUGUAUAGACCUCCAUUGACAAAUGGAAAUGCUGUUCAGCGUUCUCGAAGGCCUUACUYSWACUUCUUCCCGGCGCCAAUGAAUACCGCUAUUUCUUAUUCGGUUAAACAGCCAGCUGCACCCUCCCAARGAAAAAUCUCUUUGACUUCAAGAAUGGGAUCMCCUUUGAYAUACAACAAUGGAAUGUAUAGCGGAKCACAACCGUAUUCAAAUAUCAAUAGUCCAGUAGCUCCAAAUAAUAUUGGCAGACCAUAUCAAUAUCAGUCGUAUAAUAGACCUGAGCAUAUAAUGGCUGCUAGGAAAGGAAKCGUGAAUAGAUGGGAAGCCCCUGCGACCCAARCACCGCAAAAAUAUAAUGGAUAUUCUUACCCCAUGUUUCAAGGUGGAGCUCGAGGAUAUGCUUCAUAUCAGCCCCAGGCAUCCAAUCAGAUGUAUUAUUAUAAUUACUACAAUGGGCAACCAAAGUMUCAGCCUCAAGCACCACUAKUGCGUACAGUGCAACGMMCAUACCAGGUACCGUACAAUAAUGCUARGAUGACAGUUACACAAAAUGACAAGAACCKAUACAACACUGGGACAAYUGCACCAAUUGAUGCGUCAACUCUAUCAACCCAGCUGGCUGGACAGAACAUUAACCCGAAAAAUUACUAUGCAUUUAAACUUAAAUCUGAAUCRACACAAGAUAACRAAAUAUCCUACAAAAAUGCACUAAGRACAUUAGGCACAAAACUAAAUGAACUUGAAAAAGAUAGAAAACUAAACCUUCAGCCAGAACAAAUCAAUUAUGUCRUGGGUUUACUGGGUGAGGGGCUGACUGAGAUGGAACAAAAACGCAACUCAGAGAGACUACAACCAAACUUGAUGGACAAUGCUCGAUUAAUGAGCAGAAACACGAUAUUACACCCACUUGACUCAUCUAGUAAUAUCUACAGUCUUCUCUAUCCAAAUAACCAACAAACAAAUCCCUACUCUCCUUACUUACAUGGAGUGCUWAAACGUAAAAAGAAAAAUGUCAAAACUGACAAGACAAGCAGACGCCGAAAGCGAAAGUCAAAAAGACAUGCUAGAAAAAAGGUUUUCGCCAWAAAGAAGGUCCCACGUAAUAAAUGAAUUAUCAAAAAAAAUGAAAACAAAGACUUCUUCCAAAAGAGAAAUGAUUUAGAAAUUGAAAUCUUUGAAAAUAUAGAUUCCAUUUGGGUUGAGAACCAUCCUGGUUUUAUUGCCCCUUUUAUACAAGAUUCUUGCAUAAGUGCAUGCCACUCGUCCAAAAUAUAAAUUCCAAAAGUCGCCACCAUAUUCUGAAUUGGGCAAUGAGCAUUAAAAGCAUGAUUUUAAUUUUAAUUUUAAAAAAUUAUUUUUUGUAUAAAACGCUUUGUGGAACCUUUGUAAAAUUGUAUUGAGAAUGUAUAUCCKAACGAAAUGAGCUUGCGCAUGCACUUCAAUGUAUAUAGAGCACAAACAAUAUCAUGUAAAUAAAAUUCAACAGCUUAGACAA